GUAAAAUAUCCUCGAUGAGUUCUCGUUCAUUUCAUCACAUUCCUAGCAUCUAGCAGCAUCCAAAGUAUCACAGCCCUGAGUUAUCAAUACUAGAGCAUGACCCGAGUUGCAAUUGCAGGUGGCACAGGUGGCCUUGGUGGCACUAUCGUUGAGGCUAUCAUUGCGUUGAAGAAGCACGAUGUGUUUGUCUUGUCGCGUAAGGAAACCGAUAUUUUCCUGAAGCAACCCGAGGUGACCGUUCUGGUCGACAAUGUAAUAGACACCACGGUUUCAUGUCUUACCAUGAACACUGAAGAGGAUAGCCAAGCCCAGCUGAACCUCAUUGAGGGAGCCGUGAAGUCAACCACUGUGCGCAGAUUUGCCCCUAGCGAGUUUGGAAUCGAUUACAUGGUAGCUAGCAAGGCCAACUGCCCAUUCCCGUCGAUUGAGUACAAGGUAGCAGCUAUAAACAAACUCCGCGACGUCCCUACAAUGGAGUACACUCGUUUCAUCAAUGGGACGUUCAUGGACUACUUCGGGCCUCCCCAGGCACCCACGCGAUUGAACGUCAUAUCUCUCGUUGUUGAUCACGAAAACCGCAAGGCAACUGUGCCUGGUGAUGGCAAUAACCCUGUCGUCCUCACGCACAGCACAGAUGUAGCUCGAUUUGUCGCAGCUUCUUUGGACCUUGUGGAGUGGCCAGAGGCUUCAGUCAUCCGCGGAGACAGGCUCACUCUAAACGCGAUGGUCGCUUUCGCUGAGAGCGCUAAAAGUUGCAAAUUCGACGUCUCGUAUGACACGGUCGCAGAUCUCAAAGCCGGCAAGAGUACUGAACUGCCGGUGAACGUCCAGCGGUAUGCCUUCUUGCCGAGGGCUAUGAUUGACAGCAUAUACCAGACUGCUGGGCUUGCUAUGGUGAAUGGCUGGCUGGACUUGAACGGAAGGUUUUUGAAUGAUCGCUUUCAAGAAUUGGAGCCGAUGUCAGUGGAAGAUUUCUUUAAGAAAUACGGUUCUUCUCAGUCAUAGAUUCCUAGGGUGAUAUCCUCAAAUUAGAUGUCCACUCCGGCUUAAACGACACUCUCAGACUGAACCUAUGAAUCCCUCCCGCUAUGUAUUUCGACCUAUUGUCUUUGCUAACAUCUGUCGCUUUGAAAGGCUUAGUUUAGGUCGCUUUGAACUGGCUCCCCC